AUGGACAGAUCAUCAUCGUCAUUAGAAAAUGUUGACUGGAUUAGCAAACUCCCCAAAGAUUUAUUGAUCAUGAUCGUAACGAGAUUGCCCACAGAAGAAGCAAUAAGGACGAGUAUUGUGUCCAAACAUUGGCAACAUGUGUGGAAACAUUUGUCUAAUUUAGUCUUAGACAUGCGAAAGACUAUCAAUGCCAGUAAGAAUCUUGAUGUUGCAAAUAGGGUUGCUACAUUGAUCACCGAGAUUAUAAACAAUCACCGUGGACAUCUAGAGAGCUGCGUAAUCGACCAUUACACAGACGAGAUGUUGAAUACUUGGAUUCAGUCACUCACCCAUGUAAAACAGACAAAGCAUCUCACACUUAGACACCAUCCUGGACACAUGUACCCUGGAGGUUUUGUCGACUUUCCCCCAAACUCAUUCACAUAUCCUCGCCUCACAUCACUCUUGCUACACGGAUACGGGCUCGUAACCUCACAUUCUUUCAACAACUGCCAAACUCUCAAAACACUCAAACUCUCAUGCAUAUUAGCCUCCGAUGUUGGAGUUUUCAACAGUGUCUUAGCAUCUUGCCCUUCCCUGGAGGUGCUUAUACUAGACAUUUCUUGCUUCAAAGAAAGUGGUCCUCUCAAGAUUCACAACAACAGAUUGAAGCUCUUGCAAGUGAUUGAAACCAAAAAGAUUGAUGGCAUUCAAGUGUCAUCAACUCGUCUGGACUCUCUCGCCAUCGGGAGGAUCUCUUGUGGGAGAGAUGACUUUGUUCUCAGGUGCCCUCGACUCCGUUUUUAUAGGAACUUUUGGCUUUCUGGGUUAUACUAUCCUCACACUAGCUACAACAUAUCACAGGAGGAAAAAGACAGUGGACAUGAAGAAUUUGUGGUCACCACAUCUGACUUGUUUAGACACUUCCAUACUGCAUCCUUGUCGGUGAGUCUAGAUUUAAUGAGUCCAAGACAAGUAGGAAGGUUAAGACAAGUCUUAAAUCUAUGGAAGCUUACAAUGAUAGAGCUGGAGAUCUUGUUUACGAAUAACAAUUCUCCUAGGGAAGAAGGCGAGUCUUCACGUAACAAGUUGUGGGAGGAGAAUAACAAAGACCACCCGUUCCCCAAUGCUAAGUUCAGAGUGGAGACAGUGUGGAUGCAUAACUUCAGCUCUUCAGAGGAAGAGUUUGCUUUGGCGUCGUGUUUGAUUAGGCAAGGGACGGUGGUAAAAAGGAUGAUGAUUAAGUCUACGUCAUUUCCAGAGAGGAAGAAGUUGGAGAUAGAAACGGCAGUAGCCAAGUUACAAGCACUGAUUCGAAAGAAAGAACAAUGGCAGCUUGCCAUCAAAUGUUUCUAA